UCUAAUCUAAUGUAUUUCUUGUCUUUUUUUUUUUUCUUAGAUUAUGGUUUCUUACCAGUUGCUUCUUUAGGCAUCAACUAUGGUCAAGUUGGCAGCAAUUUGCCUCCACCCGACAAGGUUCUUGGUCUGUUGAGUUCCCUUAAGAUCACAAAAGCAAAAAUCUAUGACACCAAUCCUCAAAUUCUUACAACAUUUGCCAACUCCAAUGUUGAGCUCAUUGUCACGGUUGAAAACCAAAUGCUUGCCGUGGUAAUGGAUCCUCAACAAGCACUUCAAUGGGUUACUACUCACAUCAAGCCUUAUUUUCCGGCCACUAAGAUCACCGAGAUCUCUGUCGGAAACGAAGUAUUCACCGACGACGACACGUCGUUAAUCGGGUACCUUGUCCCUGCCAUGGUUAGUAUCCAUGGUGCUUUAGUUCAAUUAGGCUUAGACAAGUACAUUCAUGUUUCAACACCCAAUUCAUUAGCAAUUCUUCAAGAAUCUUUCCCACCUUCAGCUGGUAGUUUCAAGAGCCAAGUGUCGGCGACCAUGUCACAGUAUCUUCAGUUCUUGGCCAACACUGGUUCCCCAUUUUGGAUCAAUGCCUACCCUUAUUUUGCUUACAAAGGUGCCCCAAACAAUGUUUCAUUAGACUAUGUUCUUUUCAACAAAAACCCAGGAAUGGUCGAUCCUUACACUAAACUACACUACGACAACAUGUUGUACGCCCAAGUAGAUGCUGUUGUGUACGCCAUGUUUAGGUUGGGUUAUAGUGGGAUCGAGGUACGGGUUUCGGAGACGGGUUGGCCGUCAAAAGGGGACCCCGAUGAAACCGGAGCGACUCCGGCGAAUGCAGCUGUUUAUAACAGGAAUUUGUUGAGAAGGCAGAUGCGUAAUGAAGGGACACCUUUAAGACCAAACACGAAGCUUGAAGUGUACUUGUUUGCUUUGUUCAAUGAAGAUAUGAAGCCUGGACCGACAUCUGAAAGGAACUACGGUCUGUUUCAACCUGAUGGAACCAUUGCUUAUAAUGUCGGACUCUCUGCCUUGUCCACAACUUCAUCAACAUCGUCAUCUUCAUCAUCUGCUUCCAUUUUCCUUACGUCCUCUGCGGAUAAGGCAGCAAAAAUGAGAUAUCAAAGCUUGGUUUAUUGGAUGUUUGUGUAUUUGCUAGCUUUCCAAGUUUUACUAAGGCAACAUUAAGCAAAAAUGGUGACAGCAUGUAAAUAUUACAUUUUGGUCUGGAUAAAAAAGAAAGAACCCUACCAAGCUUAUAUGGUUAUUUCAUGAAGAACAUACUUUGAAGAUACCAAGUUCAACAAUGGAUCAAAUCAACCAUUAUAUGAUCAAAAUGGGUAUAAUUUCAAAACAUACCCUUUUUGUGAAUUGUGUUGAUACUCAUUCAUCAUGUUGAAGAUUAAUGGAGCUGAUUCAAGAAAAAGAGAAGCUAUAUAUUUUCUUUCUUUUUUUUCUUUUUUUUUUAUUGUAGUUGUUCUAGAUGUUGUAGAAGAAUUAUUUUCUCGAUUCAAGAGAAGGAUUAUAUAUAUUAUUUUCUCGAUUCAAGAGAAAUUCUGGUCA